UAUACGAGUAUUAUCCGGAAGCAAACAGAAAAUAGAGCAUAGAAGCACAAAUCAGUCCAAGAGAGAGAGAAAAAAAUGGGAAAGGGAGGAAAGAGUGAUGGAAAAGGAGAAGAAGAAGAAGAAAACAUGGCUGCUUGGCUGGUCGGUAUCAACACCCUUAAGAUUCAACCCUUCAAGCUUCCCCCUCUUGGAGCACAUGAUGUUCGAGUAAGGAUGAAAGCUGUUGGUAUUUGUGGUAGUGAUGUUCACUAUCUCAAGACAUUAAGAUGUGCAGAUUUUGUAGUCAAAGAACCAAUGGUUAUUGGACAUGAAUGUGCUGGAGUGAUAGAAGAAGUCGGAAGUGAAGUGAAAGAAUUAGUGGCAGGCGAUCGAGUAGCUCUUGAGCCUGGAAUUAGCUGCUGGAGAUGCACACAAUGUAAAGAAGGGCGUUACAAUCUUUGCCCUGAUAUGAAGUUUUUUGCCACUCCCCCUGUCCAUGGGUCUCUUGCCAAUCAAGUGGUGCAUCCAGCUGAAUUAUGUUUCAAGCUGCCUGAUAACGUGAGUUUAGAAGAAGGGGCCAUGUGUGAACCAUUGAGCGUUGGGGUCCAUGCUUGUCGUAGGGCUAAUAUAGGCCCCGAGACAAAUGUGUUAGUUAUGGGGGCUGGACCCAUAGGGCUCGUGACCAUGCUUGCUGCUCGUGCUUUUGGAGCUGCCAGAAUUGUGAUUGUGGAUGUUGAUGACAGCCGGUUAUCGGUUGCAAAGGAGCUCGGUGCAGAUGAGAUCAUCAAAGUCUCCACUAACAUUCAGGAUGUGGAUGGGGAAGUGGAAAUAAUACAGAAAGCCAUGAAGGGUAGAGUGGAUGUGAGCUUUGACUGUGCAGGUUUCAACAAGACCAUGACAACAGCUCUGUCUGCCACUAGUGCUGGUGGCAAGGUUUGUCUUGUGGGAAUGGGUCACCAUGAGAUGACGGUCCCUCUUACGCCAGCGGCUGCUAGGGAGGUUGAUGUGGUGGGUAUCUUUCGGUACAAGAACACAUGGCCGUUGUGCUUGGAGUUUCUGAAAAGCGGUAAGAUUGAUGUGAAGCCAUUGAUAACUCAUAGAUUUGGUUUCUCACAGAAAGAAGUCGAAGAAGGAUUUGAGACUAGUGCUCGUGGUGGUAAUGCCAUCAAGGUUAUGUUCAAUUUGUAAAUUGCGAGAUAAGAAAAAUAAAAGAGAAUAAAAGAUGGAUUGCAAGUAACUUUAAUGUGUUUGGUUGUAAUUUGAUGAGUCUGGACAAUGCAUCUGCUUAUGUUUUAGUUC